UUAUAAACUUAUAGAAAUAUUAAUAUGAUCCAUUCAGAGGAAAGUAGCGGAGAUCACUUCUCUCCAAACUCUUUGUAUGAACUUUUAAUAUUUUAGGCACCACAAUAAUCUUAAUUUAAAUAUGAAAGAUAAUGGAAAGAAAUACGCAGUUAUUGAUCAUUAAAUAAGAGUCUAAUUACUAAAACGUAUUCUUUCCAAAGAAGCAACAAUCAAAGAGGCUGCAAAAGAGUUUGGAGUUAAUUUCAGUACAGCAAAAGCUAUCUUGUAAACUUAUAGAAAGGAAGGAAGAAUUGGAAAAAAGAAAACCAGAGAAAGAAAUAAGAAAAAGAAAGAUGAUUCCGAUUAUCAUUUUACGAAUACAAGAAAAGUUUAAUCAAUGUAUGAUUUAGAAAGGGAAGCUCCUUAACAUAGAAGGACAUUUUCUCCUGAUUUAAGGGUACUUUUAUUCAUCUACUUUAUUCUAGCCUGCAGAUAGGACUAUAAAUUAGCAUCCAUUAAUUUUAUAAUAACAAUUGAACUUCUUAAACUCUUAAAGUUAAAUAGGUUCCACUCCUAAUUUAGAUGAGCCAAAUGCUUAAAUGGCAUUAGCGAUUUGUUAAAGGGAGUUGGCCCAAUAAAAAAUGAUUAAUAUGCAAUUAUUACUGAUGCUAUAAGUAUAAUUUUAAUAAAUAUCAUAGAGUUAUCAAACGUAAGGCUAAUAACUAUAGGUAGAAUAAGUCAAAAUUGAAUCGGAUAAACAAAAUUGAAACUUAAUUUUGUAUUUAUUCUUAAAUCAAGC